GUAUAUUUGCUACUGGGCGCCGCGGGGAAUCCCCUAAAAUUUCCAAGCUUGGUUACAGCUCACUGCACCCGGCAAGGAUUACUGUCGAAUGUAGGGAGUCCGGCUGAAAUCCUGGACAGACGGGCGAUGUAACUCGCCCCAAAAUGGCAGUUUCCACAUUAUCUUUUAUUCAGCAAGAACAUGAUUCCUUAUGCUUGAAGAAAAAAAUGCACCACAGUCCACUACUCGACACAGAUGUACAGGAAGAUGGCUACAAUUGCUAUGAUCUCAUUACAGCUUGUGAAAGUAUCGGAGAUCAUCAGCCUCAUUUUCAAAAAUACCCAUUGGAAGACAUUUUGGACAAGAUUACUAAUGAAAUUCAUCAGCUGCAGGUUACCGACAAGGAGCUAGAUGAGAAAGGUGGGGGAUAUAAAAGACCUAUAAACAAUGGAAAAGGUUUGGAUGCUGUUGACGGUCCCACAAAGAGACCUUAUCAGAAAAGAGCCAACCAUUCAUUACGUGACAACUCAAUAACAAUUGGAAACAACCACUCACUUGGAGUGCCACAGAAUGUCUGUUAUUCAAGCCCCCUUUCAGAGGCAUAUGCUAGUCACCCAGGUGGCAGUGAAAAGUUUAUGCCGCUUAACCCACCCAGCUACCCUUCAGGUCACCUGAGUCCACUGUGUUUUCCACCCAACGAUGGGAAGUCUCAAAAUGCUAGUUUCCAAAGUAGUAGUAGGCACUCCUCCUUUUCUCGCACAGUAUCUGUUUCAUCUGUGGCCAGCAGCAGCAGCAGCAGUGCAUUUUCAUUGCAGGAAGAAGAAUCGGAGAAGAGACCACCAGGAACUGUUACAGAAGAUGGUGUGUUGUCUUUUCCUCCAUCCAAUAAAUAUAUAAGAAUUAAAAUGAUUGAAGAGUAUCUUUUAAGCUUGCCCUCUCCGCCAUCAGGAUCUGUUGAUGUGUGUGGGCCUCCAGAUUUUGCAAUGCUAUCAAUGCUUCAAGGACCAUCAACUGCAGGGGUGAAUAACAACAACCACACUACCAGCCUUGGAGAGAGACAGGAGAACGGGACAAGGUUUCCUUCCCUCCCCUCAUCACCGUGGGCGACAGUGGCAAGUCCUGGAAGCUCAUAUGCAUCACCAGUAUCUCCUGACUUAUACACACUGCCACCAACACCUGUCAGUCCCGAUCACAGAACUUUGUCCCCAGAUCCACCACGUCAGCCUAGCCCUUUCAUUUCAUUUUACCCUCAUACUUCAGCUUCUAUAGUUAACAGUAAAGACCCAUCGGUAAUUAACAGCGCAGACCCAGUGAUGCAUGAUGCUUUCCGAAGCCCUUCAGUGUCAUCCGAGGGCAGCACACACUCUGUGCAGUUAUCACAGACCAUGGCGUCUUCUCUGACCUCACCUUCUCAGACCUCCUCUGAAAGUGUUGCUGCUCCAUUGUCUCCCUUCGAUCUUGAAGCUGCCAGGCAAUUUGUUGCUGCUCCAUUGUCUCCCUUCGAUCUUGAAGCUGCCAGGCAAUUUGUUGCUGCUCCAUUGUCUCCCUUCGAUGUUGAAGCUGCCAGGCAAUGGUCACCUGCCUCAGACUGCUCAGAAGAUUCUCUGACCGAAGAGGACAUCAUUAAUUGUGCCAUUGGAGAGGACAAACAGUGGCGGCAAGAUGAAUAUGGUGACACGUAUCUUCACUAUCUUGUGACACUGAGGGAUGAAGCAGCAGCAGAGAAAUUGAAUGUUCUAUACAAUAAAAUCGGUCUGAAGGGUGUUAUCAACAGAUGCAAUAAAGAAACAGAGACUCCACUGUACAGUGCAGUAGAAAUGGGCAAGAGCAAGUUAACUCGGUUGCUGCUGACAUACGGAGCUGACGUGAAUAUGUACUGCCGCAAUAAAAGCAUGAACAUGGAACGUACUCCACUCCAUGUUGCUGUGGAGAAGGGCGACAUCGACAUUGUGAACAUUCUUCUGCAUUGUGAAAAGAUUAAUGUUGAUGCACCUCGGAGUCCUGACAACUACACACCACUAUUGGUGGCUCUGGAGAAGCACCAGCCAGGGCAUCCUGUUGAUGAUCGCUCAAAAAUAAUCAAGCUCCUUAUUGAGGCUGAUGCCAGCUUAUCAGCUAAGGAUGGGCGCUCCGGAAACACUGUGUUGAUGAUGGCUGUCGCCAGGAAAGAUGUGUCAGUGGUGCAGUUGAUUCUGGACACAGCUGGGGCAGUGGAGGCACGGGAGCUGGUCAGACAGCAGUCACUAUGUGGCAACUCUGCUCUUCAUGUGGCUGCAGGCUUGCAAAACAUUAACGAACGUUUGCAGCAACAGCUUUUCCAACUCCUUAUUAGAAGUGGAGGAGACACUGAACUAAAGAACAAUGAAGGAGACACACCAAAAAAUUUCAAUAGAAAUCUGUUAGCAAAGGCUGGAAAAAUGAAGUGAGACUCAAACAUUUCAAAGGUGGCAGCAUUCCAAGUCUACUUUUGUCAGGAUGUCUUACACAUAAUCUGGAUCAAUACGCUAAAAACCUGCAUAAUGUGAAAAAAACAGAUUGUGGAGGAGUACAGAUGGUGGGAUGACCUGCAGGAAACAUCAGAUGACAGGCAUGAAGGUGAUCUUGGCCAGAGUACACCCUCACCAUCAACACUGCCCCCCACUUGCCCAAACCAACGUAUAAACAUGAAACAACACUGACAGUUUAUAAAUAUUUUACCUUGCUAUGGUUUACCUCUUUACCAGCUUCAUCACAACAUAUAUCAGUGGGUAUAUUUGAUUAGAAUUCGAAAAGUUGAAAAAAAAGAAAAGACAGUGGAUAAAUGGAUAAAACUGCUGUCAGCUGGAUACCUCAUUCCCUUUGACCACAAAACAGAUUUGUAAUGCCUGGUCUUGAACUAAUUACACAAAGGAUCAGGUAAAAGCCUUGGUCGUUUGGAUUUUCAUGAAGUUUUAUGUGGGUUUUAUUAGAGAAACUUAAAAGAUUGCUUCAUAUGAACAAAAAAUUGAUGCUUUUAUUAUUUUGUUUAAUUUUGCUGAGACCUGGAGAAAUCCAGAAAUGUUUAGCUUAGUGGCACUACUUGAGACAUUUCUUUUUAUACGCAGGUUUACAUAUAAGUAAGGUAUUACAGAAACCCGGUGAAAGUGUGACUAGUUAUUGGUGAAAGCCUUGGGGUCUGUGCAGUUAACAGUGUACAGUUGAAGUGCCAUGAUGCCAUGAGAAUUUUUUUAAUGGUUAGUUUUCAGGAUAAUCAGCUUAUGUAAAAAUGUUUUGCCUAGAAUGGUGUAAGAAUGCCAAUAGAAACAGACUUUGGUUAUAAAUUCAGAUUUUAUAUACCAAAAAAUAUAUAAUAAUCAUAUCAUGUUUUUGCCUAAAGGACCUACAAAUGGUUAGGUUGCAAAUGUUGUUACCUUACUUGUUUUGACCUGCUAAGUGUUUGUUAAAUUCGCUUAAUAUAAUGCAUUGUUCUGAAGCACUAUAGUAAGUGAAAAAUGAUUUUGGGUGCUAAUUAUCAGCUAUUGAUAUCAAAUGUAAAUUAUCAUUAUUUCCACCUCCACACCUAACAUUUCAAUUUGGCUUAAGAAAUAGUAUUUUCUUUUUUUGUGAUAAUUGUAAAUGCUAAGGUAUCAUAAAACCUUUCGUUUCUUUUUAUUUACAUACAGAUCUGCACAAAAUUUAAUUUCCAGCACCAUCACUAUUUCAUAAACUUAAGACUGAGCAAAGAAAGGGUCUAAAAACUUGAAAGGCUUGCUCAAACUAAACCUGAACACAAGCUGCUCGCAGGUUAACAGACUUUGGUAAAGCCUCUAUUUCGUCAUAGACAUGCGUUAUUUUACAGUUCACGUGGAUUGAUCUAAAUUCUAACCUCUGGUGUCACUGAAGGUAGCAGCCAAUGUGAGAGGUCAGAGCACAUGCUAAUGAAGUAUUGCCUACUUGUGACAUGAGAAAUGCACUCAUUGAGGAGCUGAAAACUGCAAUAUUCAGAGACUUCUAUCAUUUGGUAAUCCUGUAUACUUAAUUCAUUUGACAAUUUUCCCCUUGGGUAACCCAAGUCAUAAAAUUAAUCUCAAAAAUUGCUAGCAGAAUAUGCAGUUAUUAGUCUUAUUAUUAAUGUAUACUUUCUGGUGUUUUUUUUUUUUUUUUCAAGUAAAUGAAAUGUGGCUAAAUUCAAGUUUGUAUUUCUGAUGUCACAGAGUGCUGCAGCCAAGGCAAAAAUUUUGAGCAUUUGCUAAUGAACCAUUGCCCAAUCUGUUAGUGGGCAUUUGUGAUGUCACAUGAAAUAGUCUUGACCUCUCUCCUAAACCAAAGUGAGAACUUUCUAAUGUUCAAAAGCUUGUGUCUUGUGAAUGCAACAUAAUUUUUUUCACUCUUAGAAGUUUGUUUUAAUCAACUAAACCCACUCAUUUGAAAACAGUUUUAGGGAACUGCCUAUACAAGGAUGUAAAAUGCUUAACUCUUCUCAUAUAGUUUGCACCCAUGAAUGUCUUCACAACUAUAGCUCAGUUGUGUUAGUGCACCUGUAUUGAACGAGGCAGCCAGACAAGUUUUGCUUUAUUGGUAUAGUUAUAAAGUUAUAUAAGCUGUGGUCCAACCUUCGGAGCAUUCCACUUACAUCAUGCAGCAUCUGGAUGUACAGUUGCCUUAUUCCAGAAUAUUGGUUUCGGAGACUGUAUAGUUAGACCUACCUGAAGAUUUCUUUUCCACCUGAAAGAUUUCAUGACAUGGGUUUUGGGUGGGUUUUUUUUUAAAGAAAGUUUGCUCCAGAGCAUAACUGGAUCAACUGUAUCAGAUAAUCCCACCAAUAAUGUGAUUUUCUUUCAAAUAAAAAAACAUGGUGUUAUUCUAAUAUGCUGCAGUAAAA